AGUUGAAAAUAACAAUUAAUUUUAGUUAAUUUGCUUACCACAAAACGAAUAUUACUACCCAACAUAAUAAGGGAGCGACAGAGAAUUUUAUGAUCGAUUUGAGUUUAUAAGUGCUGUUCAAUUUCAUUCUGUUUUGUAUGCGCUUUGUUAUAGAUCCUUUUUAGCCUACCUCACGCACACACACAAACACAAACGAAUCUAUGUACAUUUGUAUGUGUAGUUUAUUUUUUGUUUAAUGUACAAUUUUUGAAGCACACGAGAAAUAAAUAACACAAACGUUUCAAAACAACAACGAACCACAACACCCGAAGAACUAGCAUAAGCAAACUGAAAAAACGCAAAAACAACGAAACCCUUUCCACAACCGCUAAAAAAAUGGCCAAAAUGUACGGAAAGGGUAAGACGGCCAUAGAAUCGGAGGAUCAACAAAAACGUCGCUGGCAAAUCGAGCUGGAAUUCGUGCAGUGCUUGUCCAAUCCUAAUUAUCUCAACUUUCUCGCACAGCGUGGCUACUUUAAGGAUCCCUGCUUUAUCAACUACCUCAAGUACCUACAGUACUGGAAGGAGCCCGAAUAUGCCAAGUAUCUGAUGUAUCCGAUGUGCCUAUACUUUCUCGAUCUUCUGCAAUACGAACAUUUUCGUCGCGAGAUCGUCAACAAUCAAUGUUGCAAGUUUAUCGACGACCAGGCCAUACUGCAGUGGCAGCAUUACACGCGCAAGCGCAUCAAGCUGAUCAACUCGGUGCAGGAGAACGCGGCAGCAGUUGCUGCAGCCACACAACAGCAACAGCAACUGCAGCAGCAGCAACAGCAGCCACAGACCAAUGGCGGCAUCUUGGCGCCAAGUGAAGCGGCGUCUGUUGCCGCCGCUGAGGUCGCCAAUCCGCUGCAGCAGGCGACGUUGCAGAACGGCAGCAGCUCUGCCUCGCAGUCACAGCAGCAGCCGCUGACGGCAAGGGAGCCAGCGCCCACGCAAACUCAGGUGUUGUCUGCGACACAUCAGCUGCCUCAACAGCAACAACAACAAAUCAAUGGACUAGCUAGCAGCGGAGCAAUGAAAUUAGAGUUAAAUUAGCUAACGGCUAUAAACGAGAAAUAAAUAAAUACAAUAAAUUAGA